ACCAGGUAUUUCCCUAUUGUCAGAUAUAUAGGUUUGCCGUAUCUCAUACAGAGAACAAUUUCUCCAGACAAGCCCUCUUGGACCACAAUCCGACUAUAUAAGGUGCCCAAUAUGCUGUGGGCCAGUGUGAUCGCAGUGGCUGUUAGUGCUGUUGUGGCUCAAGACUUUUACCACGACCGUACCUAUGGGGUAGGAGUGAUGCCUUCCAGGGAUCGGCUGUAUGGUUCACAAAGGAGAGUGAUGGACAGGACUUAUCAGGAAACACACGGGAUCAACGGACAUAACCCUCAUGUGCAGGAUAGGCAAUUCAUUGACCCCAUCGAUACCGGAUACGGCCAGACAAGGACAAGAAAAGUUAUCCAUAAACCAGUGGUAGACACAGGGUAUAUCGCACCUAAACCUAUGCAUACUGGUAACAUGAAACCAAAUUCUAACCAAUACAUACAACCUAAGCUUAUAAGUCCAGUGGAUCCUGGAUAUGUGGAACCCAAAGGUCACUUGGGUACUGGGUACGUCAAAUCCGUACCUCAUGGUCAAUUAGACACUGGGUAUGUAAAGCAUAAACUUGUUGAUACAUUUGACGCUUCGUAUGUACCUACUAAGCCUAUUGGUCCAAUAGACGGUGGUUAUGUUAAUCCAAUUAAAGGAACACUGGUUGAUCCUCUACGUGAUAGUGUUUUAGAUACUGGGUACGUGAAACCCGUACCUCAUGGUCAGUUGGACACUGGGUAUGUAAAACCUAAACUUGUUGAUCCAUUGGACGCAGCGUAUGUACCAGCUAAACCUUUAGGUCCAAUAGACAGUGGUUACAUAGGCCCAAAGUUACCUGUAGAUGCCCAAUACGUCAAACCAAAAGUAACCAGUCCGUUAGACCCAGGUUAUGUUGGAACCAAAGGAACCAAAUUACUGGGUCCCGGUGACGUAGGAUAUGUUGCACCAGGUCCAUUCGGUGGAAAGAUUGUCGAUCCAAUAAAAGGACACGGGCGAGGACAUCAAGGACCUAUCGGACCAUUUGGAGGAGCACGUGUCAAAGGGCCAGGCAUUAGCACAAGUGACUUCGUGGCUGUUGAUGAACCAGCUCUUCCGGUGAGCGGAAACGUAUUCAGAGAACCUUCAUUAGACAGUUUACCAAGAGGCUCUUUAGGCCAGGGACACUUCCCUGAGCAAAGACGGUUACCAUCGGACAUUCGUUUGUCAGGACCAACAGGACAGAGAAACAAUAGGCCGUUUAUUGAAAACAAUAGGCCAUUUAUUGAAGGUGUUUCUCAUGGUCAGCAACAUAUGCUUACACGACCAUUAGAACCUAUACCACCACCUAUGGCAGAAAAGAAAAUAGCAAUGAAGAAGACCGGAAGGAGUGACGCAGAAAAACGAAGCUAUUAUCAGAAGCUACGGAACUUUGAUGGUUGAGCUAACUGCCGACACACUACAACAUGUGCAAUACCCUAUUCCUGACUGUGAUAAGACUCCUCCUUCAUAACCAGUCCAUGAUCAGGAACAUGUUCAACAUUGAAUUACACACAACAGUACCGGAUAUGGCUGUGUGUUCGGUUUCAUUAUUGAAGGACGGAGUCCAGAAAGAUAAUGCGAUGUUAAUUGGAAUCGAUAGUAGCUGUUAGUUUCAUUGCGGAUGGUCGAACUUCUACAGAACAAUGUGAUAUUUAAAACAUCACUUCCAGUAUUGUAAUGAAACCUCGUUUUUUCAAAUCUAAAAAAUAACAAAAAAUUUGGAAUAAAGAAUAUAAAUGGUUUGUGCUAGAAGUUGAUUGUUACAAUAUGUGCAAUGAUAUUUCAAUUACAGCAUAUAAUAACUGAAUUUAUUCAAAAGAAAAAAAGUUCAAAUUAGUCGUUUUAAUAAUUAUAGUAUAAAUCGUCCAUAAAUAGUUUUUUCUUUACAUUUCUUUAGUAUAGUGUGUUACAUAACUUCAUAUAACUUCUAUUAUACAUAAUCCAGCAUGUUUGAGAGUAGAUAUCAUAUUGUCACUGGAAGCUUGGCUUGAUUUACGAGUAUUCAUCGAAUGUGUCCAGGUGUGUGUGAGGGUGUGUACGAGAUUCUAGUAUCUAGAAGAAUAUACAUUUACGUAUGACGCAUACAACUACAAAUCAUGUAUUGUUCUAUGGUGAAUAUUCAUAACUGUAUUAAGUAAUCAUAUAAUCAAACUGUAACAAUGAUACAUACUGCAUGAUAAUGAUACAUGUAGGCACUGAGGCAUAAUAUCAAUCAAAUUCACAGUUCUUUCUAAACUGUGAACUGCAGUACCAAUAACAUGAUAUACUACCUAUCGCUUACCGUGGCCUUAUUGGUCUCCCAUACAAUUGUCAACAGUUGAGGUACAUAUAUUUAUAGUGUACUCAUGGUUCCAUACGAAUCAAUAUGCAAGCAAAUCAAGAAUUGAGUUUUUGAGUAUUUAUUAUUUUGACUCAUUUUCUUGUGUGAUGUUAGUACAAUACUUAUUUUAUGCACAAACAAAUGCUGAAUAUAAGCUAAAAAUGUAUAAAAGAAAAGAUCUUUUGUUUUUGUUUUUUGUUUCUGAUGUGAUAUAGUAGUGUAAUAAGUAAAAUUCAUUAAUAUAUAAACUGCCUGACCCUUGUGUUUACCUGGCCAAAGUGUUAAUGUACAAUAACAUUGAUUUAUUAAUGUAAUUACCGAUCCUUUGACCUUCGGGUGUGUAAAGAGUCGGCUGGCCAGUUGUUUCCCUAUAAGAUCAUGUAAUAGUUCAAAAGUUUAAGGUAGUACGUGCCAGCAGAAUCGUACCUGUCAGCUUAAUCCCUCUGUUCCAAAGAGGGGAAACGAUAUUUGCUUAAGGGCACUUGUAAACAUAUGUGUGACCAAAUGAGGAUUACUUAUUGCUUCAAAAGAAGUAUUUUAUGCUUACAAGCCACUGACAUUAAUCAACUAUUUGUUUUCUUAUAUUUUGUAUAUUUUUACUUAUUAAAACAUCUCAAAGUUA